AUGAAUUCCGCAUACCUCACUCUGGAGUGCUCCGCAAGCGCCCUCGAGAAGGCCGAGAUUUCCAAACGCAACCAACAAGUAUUUCAUAAUAUCACGAAGUUUCAGUUAAGUAAACAGCAAAUGCGCUGCAAGCUCAUCCAAGAAACUGUGUUGGAUUCUGAAACCUACCAGCAACAACUGGACCGCCUGCAACAAGAGAUUGAUGUGGAAGCUGACGCCCGCUUGAGCGACUUGAAGCUGAGGCUGCGUCAUUUAAACGAGUGCAUUGCGGGUGUCAGGACAGAUCUGAUUUGUCGACAGAAACGUUUGGAACAUGCAAAGUCGAGGUGA